CGCCGCGGAGGCCUUACUUUGUUCGGAACUUUGUUGGAGGGCAGUUCGUCGUCGGUCGUCGUCCGUUGCUGCAACCUGCUGCUGUCGUUUCCGUCGUCGUAGUCUUUAGCGUCGGAUCUAAAAACCGUCUGCACCGAGCCGAUCUGAGAAGUGUUCCGAUCCGAUUCGUCGCGCUGCCGUCGAUUGUGAUUUGAUUUGAGUUGAUUUGCUUUGCUUUGGAUUUGAGUUUGAAUUCGAAAUGCGGCCGUCGCUGUAAUCGAGAAUACUGAGUGUUAAAUCAAAAGCCAGUGCUGAAUGAAUGCACAGCCCGAAAUGAUACACAAGCUUCCUCCCCCAUUCAUGACCAGUGUGAAAAGUAAUCAAAGAUAUAUAUAGAGAGAGAUCAAGAUAAAGAGAGUGCAAAAUAGAGUUAAAGUGCUAAAGAAAAUCGGAUUGCUACCUCGCAGCUGGAAAAGGAUUUACGCGCUCAAAAGUUUAAGAAACCCACAGAGAAACAACACCGAACUGAACAGCAAUUAAAACUUUGUUUACGUGUAAUUAAAUUAAUCAAUCAAUCACACACACACACACACACACACACACACAAACACAUAUCUAUCAACCAAUACACACCCAUUAUCGAGUGUCUAAGAUUUCGAUUGAAGCCUUGAUCGUUCUCAGAUUGUAUCGAAUUUCCAUACCGCGGGUCCAGCCACCAGAAAAGCCUUCAAAAUUCUUGAUAAAGUGGCCUCAAUAGGCGCCAACACGCUAAAUUUUACGGACCUAGGGAGCCCCUACGAGGGGCCUCCCAGCACCCCCCAGUCGGGCAUGGACGCCCCCGAUGCCCCCCACACGCCCAAAUACAUGGACGGUGGCAAUACCGCGGCCAGCGUCACGCCCGGCGUCAACAUACCCGGAAAGUCAGCCUUCGUCGAGCUCCAGCAACAUGCCGCAGCCGGGUACGGCGGCAUAAGGAGCACCUACCAACACUUCGGUCCACAAGGAGGCCAGGACUCAGGAUUCCCGAGUCCGCGCAGCGCCCUCGGCUACCCGUUCCCGCCCAUGCAUCAGAACUCCUACUCCGGCUAUCACCUGGGCAGCUAUGCCCCGCCCUGCUCCAGUCCGCCCAAGGAUGACUUUUCCAUCUCGGACAAGUGCGAGGAGUCCGGCCUCCGGGUCAACGGCAAGGGGAAGAAGAUGCGCAAGCCCCGCACCAUCUACAGCUCGCUGCAGCUGCAGCAGCUCAACCGACGGUUCCAGCGCACCCAAUACCUGGCCCUGCCCGAGCGGGCCGAGCUGGCGGCGAGUCUGGGCCUCACGCAAACGCAGGUGAAAAUCUGGUUCCAGAAUCGCCGUUCCAAGUACAAAAAGAUGAUGAAGGCGGCCCAGGGUCCGGGCACCAACAGUGGCAUGCCUCUAGGCGGAGGUGGACCCAAUCCUGGUCAGCAUAGUCCCAAUCAAAUGCACAGUGGCGGUAAUAACGGCGGCGGCUCGAACAGCGGCUCCCCCUCACAUUAUCUACCUCCCGGACACAGUCCAACGCCAUCGAGUACGCCCGUGUCCGAGCUAUCACCUGGUAAAAUUCCCCCAACGGGUCUCAGUCCGCCAACGCAAGCACCGUGGGACCAGAAACCCCACUGGAUCGACCACAAGCCGCCACCGCAAAUGACGCCGCAGCCACCUCAUCCAGCGGCGGCAGCGCCACAUCCGCAGUCGCACCACCACAACCCGCCACCCCAAAUGGGUGGCUACGUGCCCCAGUAUUGGUAUCAGCCUGAGACGAAUCCAUCAUUACUAACCGUUUGGCCGGCGGUCUAACAGCAUCCGAGCACGCUGCCCUCGGCUGCCUGGAUGCAGCAUCACCACCACCAGCAGCAGCAGCAGCAGUCGCAUCUCCACCAAUCCUGCCCAGACCUGGACAUGCAGCAGCACCAGCUGAAACUAGGGCUCCAGCAGCAUCGGCAGGACUAUGCCAGCGGGCCGCUGGGUGGUGGCGUGGGCGGGGCAGUGCAUCACACAAUAUCUUAGCCAAUAACAAAACCAUGAUAGCAACCUGUAAAAUAUCCAUGAAACUAUUGACAAAACCCAACAAACGAAGAGAAGAAAACUUAAGAGCUAAAGCAAGAAUUUUGUACAUUUUAAAAAUACUAUAAAUAUGUUUACCAACGUGAAUAAAGUCGUUCUAAACUUUAGUCUAGCUACUAUCUGAAAAACACAAACACAAAAUCUAUAAAAAAAAGAAACACAACUUAAAAAACAUUUCUCAAGAGAAACACAAACAAAAACACAUAAGCAAGUAUGAAACGUGUCCUUUAAUUUUGUUUAAUUUAGCAAAUUAAGUUAUGUAUAAACCUAUCUAUAUAUGAAACAAACAACAAAACAUAAACUACAUAUAUAUAGUGAGCAAAAGCCACAAAAGCAUAAAAAAGUAAAUCGUAAAAAAAAAUCAAAUGAAAUGGUAAAAUCAGCUGUUGAUCUUAAGAGUUUCUUUCGAAAUAUUUUGUUCUUGUGUAGAAAAUUCGAAAUAACGAGCAACAAAAAUCAGUAAAAUCAGAUCUCAAAUUCAAGAAGAAUUCCCCUCGAUUCUCUUAAUAAUUUUUGUUCGUAGUUUCGCAACCUUGUUUCUUUGACCCCACACUGCACUUGGAAGAGGACCCAUACCCAUACCAUACCCUAAGAGAAAAGAGUUCACUUAAUGUGCAAUAAUAAUAUUACUUACCAAGUCUUGCCCCCUUUUCUCUUUUCUUCUGGUAGUCUCGCACCCAAAAACUUCUUGAAUUGUAUUCAUUGUAUUGUACAUUUUUUUAUAGACCCCAAUUGAAUCGCCAAUCUAAUCUUUUGGCAGAUGAAAGAUCUGCCAUCUCUCCAUCUCAAUCGGAAUGAAAAUAAAAAUGGAAAUGGGAAUAUGAAUGCUCUUUCUUAAAUACGAUUCGAUUCGAUUUUGAGCUUGCUGUAGCUGUAAUUAUGGAUUAGUUUUAGUUUUAGUUGUAGUUUAUGAACGGUAAUUAGUACGUGUGUUUCACUCUAGUUUAUUUAAUUUAUACCAACAGCAAAAACCAGAAUUAAUUCAUAAAUAAUUGAUAGUUUAACAUUUAAAGUGCGUGCGUGUGUGUAGAAGCAUGUGUAAGAUAAUGUAUGUGUG